AUGUUACGCUCCGACUUCUCGACCGAACCUUCAACUACGUCCCGGUUCGGUUCGUUGAGUUCCUCGAGCACCUACCGUCCAUCAUUCUCUUCCGGGAGCUACCGGUCACCACGAUCAACGACGACCUCGACAGCGUCGGCCACAGCUCCAAGCUCAACCGUUUCCUCGUUCAUCAGUCGGUACUCGAGUUUGGCGGCCGACAAAGAAAAGGAACGGGAAAGAGACAAGGCAAAGGAAGAGGAACGACGGAAGGAGCGUGAAUUACGGGAGAGAGAACGCGAAAAGGAACGUGACCGCGAGAAGGAACGUUUGAUCGAAACAUCCAAGAAACUCGAGGCAGAGUUGAAGGAAAGCAAACCGGCACCGUUGAAAAAGUCCUCCCUGAUAGCAGCAAAGUAUGGUUCCAGCAAGGACGCUACAGGCACCGACGAUUCAUCCACAAAGAGUGGUGCAGCUGGUAAGCUUCAAUCCACCAAGGACAGUGGCGUAAAGCCGAAGAAAGAUAAUGCGCCUCCGGUGACGUUCACCACCCGAUAUGGACGAGCUGGAGUCGCGCGAGAACAGUCCCGUGAGCCGAGUCCGGCGACGAGAACGAACUCUUCCACAUCUAUCGCUUCGCGUAGUAGGCAUCGCGAUCCAAGUCCCGCUCCAACGACCGUCACUGAAAAGGCACGCUCGCGCGAUCCAAGUCCUGCCGUAGAAACUAAACGUACCGGAGGGUAUGCGUUGGCAAUAGCCAGUAAGCUGUCCGGUACGAAGCUACCGCAACAGAAUGCUCCAAACGAGUAUCGGCGGCAAUCGAGCGGAACGGCGUUUGGACAGAGUAGGGCAAGGUCUCGCGAUCCAAGCCCUACGGUGCGCACAAGAACUUCACGCGAACCUAGUCCCAUGGAGCAAAGACGCAUUCAGUUAGCCAAUAAGAUGAUAGCCACAGCGGCCCGGUCCCGCGAUCCAAGUCCUGCACCAGUUCAGCAGCUGAAACAGACGACGAACAAGUCGAAUAGUAGUGCCGAUGCAAAGCAGAGGUUCACCAGCUCCAUAACGAUCAAAACGGGACCAGGUGUUCGGUCACGCGAUCCUAGUCCAGCCGAAGCGAGAAAGAUCCCUACGUUCGGUAAUGCGAGUAAAGUGCGAUCGCGCGACCCUAGUCCGGCGGAUCCGAAACGGACCACUUCGUCGUUGGGUACACGUGCGUCUCGCACAGCCAACGAUUCUGGGCUGGUGAAGCCAUCCACGUUUGGAAGUGCAAGGAAAACGCGUGAUCCAAGUCCCAGCGUUGGCAGUAAAGUUCGCAGCCGGGAUCCAAGUCCCGCGACGGUCCCACGCCGUUCUUCCCGUGAACCAAGCCCUGCCGAGUCGGUCCGAGAGAAGUAUGGACUCGGAGGACCCGGUGCGUAUCGACCGUACGGGCGUUCGAACAGUGCACUCGGCGCUGGUAAUCGGUUUGGCGCUAGUGCUAGCCCGGUACCGAAGAGUCCAAUAGCGGAUCUUGCCCUGUCGUACAUGACAUCCAGUGAGGCAAUCGCGGCACGCACGAGUCGUCCUUCCUCGAGGCUACGACUGAACUCACAAUCGCGUGAACCAUCGCAAUGUUCAUCGCCGUUGACAGCGAGCCAGAUCUUCUCGCCCGAACCACGGCCAGUCCCGAGCGAUGAGCAACAGCGAGAGGGAUCUACAUCGUCGGAAACCACCACCGCAAGCUCAUCGUCCGAAGAGUCGUCGGAAGAAACGGAAAGUAGCGUCGAACCAGAGCCGAAGAUAUUUAUCGAAAUAACGCUCGUAACGCGUGGGACGUCGCCAACGCCACCGGGUGCAACGCCGCUGAUAAGAGCCCGCCGGGCGGAGAUGUGCAAGACUAUCGAAAAGACUAUUCAGAAGCAGCUGUUACCGGUUGAAACGGCCGAUAAACAGAUCCAAUCCGAUCGGUUGGACGAUUCGACCAAAUAUUUACGCUACGGACAACCUUCGACACGCAGUUGGUCACCGUUCUUAGACCAAAAGUAUGGAUCAUCGUCGCCGACACUUGGCUACACGCGGUAUUCAAGUGCGUCCUCUCGCUAUAGUCGCGAUAGUCCAAGCUUCAGUCGUGAAACAAGCGUGAGCUCCUCGAAGAGUGAUGUACCCGAGAAGCGUGAGCUAUCAGCAUUAGCCGCCCGAGUAAAGGAGCUCAGUCUGUCGAAAUCCAACAGCACAAAGUCCACCGGCAGCCGGUCGUCGACGGUAAGCUCCCCGGGUGGCAAGCAGAAGACACCGCCCAAACAGAAAUCUCCCGAAAAGCCUCCUCCAGCACCGGCAAAGGAUAGCCCAUCGCCCGUUCGUUCGGUCGCGAACAAAGACUUCCGCAAGUCGGCACUGAAUAUGGGCCCCGCACCAGACCGACCGCGCAAAACUUCCACAUCGUCAAGCAAGUCUUCCAGCUCAUCGGCAUCAACGGCAACGCCGGUCGCGGAGACUAACGGAUCGACAAGUCGCAUUCCACACGUACGGCAGCAAAACGGCACCAAGGGGACGAAACGCUCGGACCGAUCCGCAUCGUCCAGUUCGGAAGACACCGCCAGCAUCAGUGGCUCUUCCGGGACCGAUACAGACCGCGAGCAGUCGAUCACGCGUACGGCACCGAACGAGCAGGACGAUCUCAGUACCGCGACGGACGCAUCGAACGCCAACAAUGAGCUGCUUCUGCGUGCGAUCCAGCUGGCCACGAACUUUGUGAACAAUCAAAACCGUAAUGCGACCAGCUGGUACGAUAACGCUAGCACAACCAGCAUGACGGAGAGUCUGGCGGCGGACCCGAGCGGGAAAUCGGGCUGGGAGGCGGGAACACACUACAUGGAGAGCAUAAAGGACGACUCCAGCAACGAGGAGGACGAAGGCGAUGAGGUUGACGAACAGGGGCCAGGAACGGAAGGCGAUGAGAGUGGUCAGAAGCCUAGCUCUGAAUACCAGCAGCCGAUGUGGUGGAGGCGCUCGGGCAACUAUGAGCAGACGGCUACGGUGCAAGAAACGGCCCCGAGUGCCCGUAGCUUCACGUAUCGCAUCAGGCGCGUUGAAUCGGGUGAAAAGCCGUGGUGGUUAGCGGAUGAGGGAAAUAAACCGGUGCCCGAUUUGGAACCGGACUCGACGGAACCGUGCAGCACCGCGGGACAGGAUGUGACUGGCGGGGCCGAGGCCGCGAUCGACGAUGGCCGUACUACGGCAACAAGCAUAUUCGAGAGCCAAACGUUGAGUCCCUUCCGUCCGAUUAGGGUGACGCGCAUUGAGUCCGGCGAACGGGCCUGGUGGAUGAAGAGCACGGAGAACGUAGCGUCAAAGUCGUCCGGCGAGCGAAGCAAGCAGCCCAGCAAGGAGCAAACUCCCGACUCAGCCGGUGGCGGUAAGAAGAGUCCCGGCUACACGGUGUUUAAGCUGGAAGCGGAGGAUGAGGCGUGGUGGGAACAGGCCAUGGCGGAUCUGUCACGCAAAGAGCAAACCUCCGGCAGCAGCCCGAGCAGCACAUCGGGCAGUCGGGAACCGUCGAAGGAGCCGACACCGGAACCGCGAGGCCAAGGAGUCACGCUUACGCGCGUCGUAUCGGGUGAGAAGGCUUGGUGGUUGUACAGUUCCGAGAAGGUGAACGAGCUGGGCCAGUCCCCGGCGACGGAUGGCGCUGGCUCCGGCAACGGAGCGGAAGGUAGCGACUCGGUACGCGAGUGUAGCCCGGUGAAGGCGAAACCGUUCAAGAUUACGCGCAUCGAAUCCGGCGAACGGCCCUGGUGGAUGUUGGAAACCUCCGACGCACCGGUUUCCCGCUCGGGCUCCAAAUCGAACGUCGUGAGCAGAUCGAACAGCUUCAACUCGAAGGCGAGCGGGAAGCAGACCAGCCCAACGAAAUAUCGCAUAACGCGCAUCGAGUCAGGCGAACGGGCAUGGUGGAUGACGGGCGACAGCCCGGACGAGGGUGCCGGUAGCCCACGCAAGCUUUCGUCCUUCGUCGAGCAACACGGCGAAGAGGAAGCGGAUCUGCAGAACGUGGACAUCGAGGCGCAGGUGGAACAGGAGCUGGAAAGCAUCACAAACUUUGUGGCCGGUUUGCCAAAGUUCCCCACCGGCGAAUACACCAUCGAACCGCUUACCAGCGAAACACCACCGCUGGGCGAUCGGGCCAGCCCGGAAGGUGAGGCCGGUGGUCGGGCUUCGCCCUACGAUAACAUUCCCUCGACGAUGUCCGUUCCGCUGCAAGUGAGCGGCCAGUCCGGUGCGUCCGCGUCGGCAGAAAAUGGCACGCAUGGCUCUACCGACCUUGGUAGUUUGGGCGCACGGAAGAACACGCAGUCGCCGGUGUUCAUUUCCCGUCACACCAACAUUGACGACCUGCUGGGUGGCUCUUGCCAUCCGCUCAGUCCCAUGAUGGAUAGGAUGUUUAUUAUGGAUGGACUGCAGGAAAUCACACCGAAGGACGUCCGGGUGCAUGACAGUACGCCACAGUUUAUCGAUUACGCUGGACAACAGAGACAACGCAAAUCGAGCACGAUUUAG